AUGACCGACCUGCAGGCUCUCCGUGGCAAAUCGAGGGACUGGGACAGCAGAGGAUGGACUGCGGUCGAGCACGACCACCGGCCGGUGCCGCACCGCAGUCGAGGAAGGUUGCGCGAGUCACAAGAGAGGAAAGCUAGGAUGUCGACCACAAAAUCAAUGUUAAUAGUCAUCGUUGUUCUUGCUGUCUUGUCCUUGGACGCGAAUGCUUAUGAUGCCGAACCUUUACAGGAUUUCUGUGUUGGUGUCAAUGACUCCGAUGCUAGCGUAUUGGUGAACGGGAAGAUAUGCAAGGACCCAGCCACCGUGACCUCGAACGACUUCUUCUUCUCAGGCCUCAACGAAGCCGGCAACAUAACAAGCCCAUUCGGGACUAAAGUGACGGCCGUUUUCGUGAACCAGCUGCCGGCCCUCAACACGCUCGGCAUCUCCAUGGUCCGCAUCGACUUUGCCCCCGAAGGCGCCAACCCACCACACGUUCACCCACACGCCUCUGAGAUCCUGCUCGUCUUGGAGGGAACUCUCUACGCGGGCUUCAUAUCCUCUAAUCCUCCAAAUGCAGCCGAUGAGAACAAGCUCUACUCUAAGGUCCUAAACCCGGGGGAUAUUUUCUUGUUCCCUAAGGGACUCAUUCAUUUCCAGUAUAACCUUGGGAGCACUAAUGCUGUUGCGAUUGCGGCACUAAGCAGCCAGAACCCGGGAGUUGUGACCUUGUCCAAGGCUGUAUUCGGGUCGCAGCCCUCUGUUUUGCCGGACCUUCUCACCAGAUCUUACCAGCUUGAUGGUAAAACGAUCAAUCGACUCUUGUCGUUGGAGUGGAUUGGGACGGCUUAG